UUAGCGCAUCAAUUCUUCUCUGCAGCGCCUCGUAAUCUUUAACGUUGUCGUGUUGUCUGUGUGUGUGUGUGUGUCUGUGUGUGGUAUACCCCCCCCUCCCAUUCUUCUCUUUCCCUCCUAACAUACGAGGCAUCGAAUUUCAUCAGUUCCUAAGAACAACAGAAAAUCAAGCUGGUCUUGUCAGUGUGAACACUGGCGCCGGGCGAGAGUAGGCUCACGUUGUAAUACGCUGGGGUGAGUAUUUUCAGCCCUCGUGUAAGCGUCGUCACUGACUAAAAAAAAAUACUAUGAAACAAACCCCCUGAUUUGUACGCGGGCAAGCUGUGCUCCGGACCUGCUCGAUUGGUGUUUUUCAGCAGGGUGUGACAUUUCAGUUCCUAAUCCGAUUCCGUUGUUACAUCGCCAUGGUUGAAUUGUAGAAAUGUUUACCUGGGCGAAUCGCUUUAUACACUUUCGUAUAUCAAUGACUGAACUUGUUUAUAUGCAACAAAAGUUGGGAAAUGUGAUAACAUUGAGAUAAUUGUAUGUAGGUCAAGGCCGAUGAACUUUUCAAGUUCUUUAAGGUCAAAUCACUUCCAUGUCUAAUUGAUUACGCACUUUGGUGUGCAGUCCUCCUGUUCAAUAGCUAAUAUGGCAGUAACUCCUAAAAAUCGCCUAAAAUACAACGAAUGUGGCCACACAACGGGAAACCUCGGUCUGGGCGGCAGGGUGAAUGUCGGAGGAAUCGAACUAAUUCGUAUCCAGACUCUCAGAGGUGCAGACUUAACCACCAAAUACCAUCCAGAGAAUGGAUUGUUACCUCACAGGAGUUACUUUUUUAUCAUUUCUUCCAGUUGUAUAGAAAGAUCUAGAUCUUAAUCUGGCAUCUUCUGAUUGGAUUUCCGGCUAUGGUAAUGAUUGUUGGUUGCUUCACUGUCCAGGCAAUCUAUUUCACUGGUCAGUUUUAAUCACUGGUCAAUUAAAUCUACAUUUCUCGAGUAAGUGUUACAUUUUUAUGCUGAAAACUGAUUUGUUUCUGUAGGCCCUAGGGCCUACAAGAUUGGUCAAUAGAAUACACGCUUUUAACGAUUUGCAUUUAGUAUUCAUCUUUACAGUACUACGCUCAGACACACGGUAACACUGAUAGUGCAUACCUGCGAUAAGAAACUCUACAUCGUUUGUUUUUACAUAUGAUGUGUGUGCUGUGUUCACACCCUACACAUUACACGCCACUGUCUCGUGUAAUUCGAUCCAGGAAAGGAUAGACGGGCCUUGCAUUGUUAUUAAUGCAUGCGAUCGUCUUGCUCUGUGUGUGACGAGGACGCGGCGAGUUCUUGGUCAACUAUUUCCUUCUUCUGUUUGAUGGAUUAUGCCCAUUGGUCUGUACUUCCGACUCGUCAUUUGGAGCUAGUAACGGAAUAACCAUAACUUAGAUGUGUUAUAGUAAGAAACAAAAACAACAACAACGGCGGAAGUUCGGGAGAUAAACGCAGGAGCCCUGUCAGCGAGGGCUUUAAUUCCUCCUCUGCAGCGGCGACACGUUCAGAGAGCAGCGGUCUCUUCCAGGAGCUGGCCCAGCUGAUCUCCGAUAGCAUCAGCCCGGAUAUGAACACGCCGCUCUCCGCUGCUGCAGCCAACACCAGCACGACCAGCAGCAGUGGGACAGCCAGCAGCAAGGGCAACAGCAAGUAUGGUGGGGGAUCCGUCACUCAAGUAAAGACAGAAUACAACUCCAACCCUAACCAGUCACCUAAUGCUGUACAACAAAGUCACGUGUCAUCUAGCAAGCCUUCAUUUGUACCCAAUGAUCUACUAGGUUCACUUUUGUUAAAGGCUUUGAAUGGAUUCCUGUUUGUUGUCAAUAGUCAAGGCAAAGUUGAGUUUAUAUCAGAGAACGUGACCCAGUAUUUGAAAUAUACCCAGGACGACCUCGUCGGUAAGAGCAUCUACAAUAUAAUACAUGUGGGAGAUCACCCGCAGUUCAGUAACAGCCUACUGCCCAUGACCUUAACCAGUGGGCUAGCAUGGCCAAGCGAUUCACCAACAACAAGGGGACACAACUUUCAUUGUCGUAUGUUAGUGAAACCUCCAAGCGAGGAAGACGAGGAUGUAGAGGUCAAACAGACUUAUGUUUCUCAGUAUGAGAAUAUGCAAAUUACGGCAAUCUUCCAGCCUUGUUUAGCACAGAAAUUGACAGAUUCUCAACUUAGUUCACCACUUUCUAAAGAAAACCAAACGUGCCUGGUGUGUAUAGCUCGUUGUCUGUCUAUGACGGAGAAGAGCAACAUGAUGAUAGGUGGCAUUGACCAGUUUUCUACCAAACAAGAUCUUGAUGGCAAGAUCAUCAUGGCCGAACCCAGACAAGGCAUGAUGGAACUUGUUGGCUCCUACAUGACAGAUUUUUGUCAUGUCAAUGAUCUUCAACAGCUUACAAAACACUCACAAGAAGUAUUAAAAAAUGGUCAGAAUACCAGUGGUGUCUACCGGUUCAAGCUGGCUGAAAACAGAUACAUCUUCAUUCAGACCAAGAGUACUUUGUUUAACAAUCAUUUCACCAAUGAACCAGAAUUUAUUAUGUCCACUCACUCUAUUAUACGUGAGUGUGAUUCAGACCUAGAGUUAAAAGGAUCAGCAUCCACCAGCCUAAUGAAAUCUAUUAUUGGUCAAACUGCAAACAGUCGUCCUGCAUCCAGCAACUCCAACAGUCAAGCUUCAAACGCCCUAAUGAUGCCUGGACCUCAGGCCAACCUUAGUGGUGCUCAGGGGGGAUUGGUCAACAGUGUGGACAACACUUCCAAUGACCUUGACAUGUUUACUGAAUGGGACCUUAUAAAUGAGUUGCCUGAUAUGAAGCCAGUUAUGUCCACUGAUGUUGGUGGACAGUCCAACAACAAUUGGAAUACAAUGACCAAUAUUAAAUCACCUGCUUCCGUUUCCAGCCAGCAGUCCCCACUUCAGUAUGCCCUUCAGAGUGGUACAGGUGGUCAGCCUGGGAUGAAGAGACCACCCAUGCGGAGCAACUCAACUACUUCUUUUGACGGGGGUCAGAAGAACCAAAGAUUCACGCCUAGCCCAGUGAAUGCUCCAAGAAGUGCUGGAUUUAACCAGAGAAUCAUGGGUUAUCCCAAUCAGCGUAGCCCAGCAUCUCUGGGUUUGGGGAGCAACCCUACCCCACAGCAAAACCGCAACCAGGUUGGCCAGUUUUCAAUGGGGUUUCAGAGGAAAGCAUCUCCAUCUCCUCAGUCAGCUUAUCCAUUAAGUCCUGUGGGAUGGAAGUGUUCCCCUACUACGCCACCAUCGUCUUGUGGAGAUUUUAUUCCAACCAAUAACCCUGCACUUAUGUCGCACCAGUCUCCUCUUGAUCCAAACUCUCAUCAGCCUGGCAUUUCUGGGCUGGACAUCAAUGUGACCAGUAGCAUUUCCUCUUCUGGAUAUAUACUCUCAUCCUCCUCUCCUGUGUUCUCCUCCAGCAUGGAUAUAGUUGGUCACCAGCAGCAGCAGGGGAUGAGUAGCAUGUCCAGCAGCAAUGGUCAUAACAACAACAUUCUCAAUGCCCAGAGGUCUGGUAAACUCUGCCAACUGCUGACCCAGUGCUCAACACCACCUGAACAGCUACAGUCCCCUGCCUCUAUUGACAGUCGGCGUCAGCUUCUGAGCAGAGGCCGUCGGCCUUCAGGUCAGGUGAACUCUCUGUCCUCUUCCAACUCUGUGUCCAGCAGUAACAAUGGGGGAAUGUCAAGCAUGGCAGGCCUUGGGAUGGACAUGCAUAACUCCAGCUUGAUGAAAUCCCCAGAUGACCACUUACACCAAUCACCAACAGAGGGCCCUGGUCAGAGCCCACAAGAAAACCCACAGAGCACCUCAAAUGAAGACAUGGACAUGGAUACUUUCAGUGGUUCUCACAUGAGGAACAGCCACAGCAGUGGUGUAAAUAAUGUUGAAAAAGGAAACUUUAUUCUGAAAAACUUGUUAAGUCAAGAGGAUGAUGAAGAUGAUCUUCCAGUAAUGGAAGAAAACAUGGACUCCUCAUCUUUGGGAGCUAGGACCACAAAAAGUUUGUCUGAACUUCAUGGGACUGAUAAAAAUGAAGCAGAGCCCAAGAAACAAACAGCUUUGUUGAAGCAGUUAUUAGGGGAGGAAGGUCAGAAGAAAUCUCAGAGUGAAUCCUUAGAGGAUAGGCUCAGGCUGAGUGACCAGAACAAAAGGUCAGGGGCUGCAGGGGCCUCAGGUGUUGCUGGCGCCGGCGCUGCCGGCUCCAAGAACCGUCGCCCCAGCAAAGGAGGUUGUGAACUGCUCAACCAGCUUUUGAAUGAGCCUGACGAUGAUGAUCAGACCAGGACAGGGAUAACCACCUCAGCACCAGCUGAGAGCACAUCCUUUGACCUUGACCCAGUGUCCAGAUCUCGUCACCAGUCUGAGCAGCAGGAACCUCAGUCCACAUCUCACCUGGCAUCUCUUUCUGAGCCCACCACUCCAUUGAUCCAAGGGCGACAAGGUGCUCAGAAACGCCUGGGGUCCAUCAAUGACAACUUGAGGCCUUCUGGUGCAGAUGACAAACACCUUGAUGAGCUGCUUCAUGUACUUUGGGAAAAGGAUGACAACCCACACAAGCAGCAACCCCUCUCACAGCAGCAGCUACCCAGUAGCAGCACCAACAAUGGUAACAGCAAAAGACGAAAGCUGUCGCAGCCAGAUGUAGACAGCAGUGAUGGUGUGGGCAUGGACCUGGAACCUGCCACUUCUUCCUCAGGGGGUCCUAAUUCCCAGAGCAACCUUUCAAAGAAAAAUGUUCUUCUGGCACAGCUGCUUAGCAAAAAGGCCAACAAGGAGACAGUGGUCAACACCCACAUCUCCAUCAACCCAACGGCUGUCCCACAGAGUCGAUAUCCCAGGAAUCUCAGUGAGAAAAUCAUCACUAUAAAAACCACAGAGGCCAGUGACUCUAUUUCCAGUGGGUCGAUCACCACUGGUGACUCUCUAGGCUCAUCUAACGCUCAAGGCCCUGUGUUAGGUAAAGGUCGGUCAGCCAACAAUUUGACCAUAAGCACCAGCAGUAUGCCAAAUUUCCUGAACAGUAAUUUCCCAGAGAAUUUAUCUCCUGUGACUGUGAACUCAAUGACAAAUAUGGACAUUGUUAGUGCAGAUAGUCAGAUUCAGAGUCUUCUUGAAGGGGAUGAUGCAAUAUUUGGCAGUGACUCUGUCAUUACUGAGGACAUCUCUAACAUGGGGGCUGACUCUUCUUUAAAUGACCCACUGCUGCAGCAGAUACUUCAGCAGGCGGCAGACAUGCAGGAUGAUCUUCAGAAAAAUGCUAUGAACAGUGUGACCCAGCAGCCUCAGCAGACAGUGCCAAUGUCUCCAAUGGGAAUGGUCUCCUCAUCCUCUGCCCUUGGUAACUACAGUCCACAAUCUGUGACUUCUAUUGCUCAAGCCCUUGGGUCAUCCUUGCAUUCCAGUCCUCAGAGUGGACAGUACAGUAAUACUGGAAUUGGAAAUAUCCAGGAAAAAAGACAGUACACUUCAGAACAGAAGCUGCAGCAACGCCUAUUGCAGCAAAAACUUCAAAUUCAGAAACAACGUCAGAUUGAGAAGACUAACCUAAUUAUUCAGCAGCAGCAGCAGCAACUCCAACAGCUCCAGCAGCAGCAGCCAUUCUUAUCACCACCACAGCAACCAACCUCGACCACACUACUGCAACAAUCGCAGCCCUCACCAAUGAUGGGUAACCCUCAGGCCUCACAGGUUAAUUCCAACCUGCCACAGCAGAUGAAGAGCCACCCUCAGCUGCAGCAGCAGCAUCAGCAACUGCAGCAGCUUUUACAACAGCAGCAGAUUCAACAGCAACAGCAGGUCCAGCAGCAAGUACCGCAGCAGCAGCAGUCAAUGAACAUUUCAGACAUUGACAUGAGCGACGAGUCCAGCCUCGUGGCCCAGCUUGAAGAGUUUAUGAAUGACAACUUCUUGUCCAGUAUGAGCCAGAGUCAGCAGGGCCAGUCAACAGAGCAGGCCAUAGCUGGCAUCAAGCGACAGCUCAUGGGAGAUGAUGACCCAAUGGUGUCCCUACAACAGCAGCAGCAGUCUUCACAGAGUUUGAGAGGAGCUUUGGACAAUUCAUUAAGUAAUAGGCAAACAUUACAGCUUGCCCAACAGCUUCAGGCUGGUCUUCAAGGUCAAAGCAUGGGCAACAUGUCUGGACAGAAUAUUAUCCCAGGAUACAACAGUAAUGCCCAACAGCUAAAACAGAGUAUGCAGGGGGCAUUCAGCACCAAGAUGCCUGGCAUGCGUCCACAGCAGCCACCACAACAGCUUCAAGGCUUUAACCAGCCCAGGGGACCUUUAGCUACUGCUCUUCAGACCAACACAGCACCACCUUUUCGUCCAACUGGCAUGAACCAGUCGGCGUUAACAGUGCGCCAAAAUAUACUUCACCAACAACAGCAUCGUCAGAUGGGACGUCAGAAACAGAUGGAGCGACAGAGGAUGAUGCAGCUGCAGCAACAACAACAGCAGCAGCAGCAGCAACAACAGCAACAACAGCAGCGCUUGCAAAAUCUGCCUCAGCAGUUCAACCAAAGGUUUAAUCAGAGUGGGGUCCCCAAUCUAGAUGUCAGCGCCAGUGCACCUGCAGCAUUCCCUGAAAAUUUCAAGGAGUUGAUGACUCAAGGUCACCCCCCUAAUGUUACUUUACCUGUUCAGAGAGGCCAGGGAAUGCCAGGCCCCAUGUCCCCACGUUUCACUCCUCAGGGUCCAGGCCCCUCACCUCAGCCCAGUCAGCUGUCACCUCAUUUUUCACCUCAGUCCGGCAGUGGCGGAGUCUGGGGUAUGAGGAAUCAAGGGGUCGUGGAUCCUCUGGGGUUGCAACAGGGAAACCAGUUUUCUCCAAACCUAAAUCGUCAAAGGUCACUAUCUGGAAACUCACUGCCCAGUCCAGUCACACAACAACAACAGACCACACAACAGCAGGCCCAAGUUCAGCAACCAAGAGACUCCCGCUUUCAAUUUGCUGAUAACGCCCAAUUUGCCCAAGGUGGUAGUGGAGCCGGGAGUGCUGGAGGAGUAUUCUCACCUCAACAGCAGCAGCAGCAAGGCCAGGUUCAAGGAAUGUUCCAACAGAAUCGUAUGAUUCAAAGAGUCUCUACAGGUCGUGGCUCACCAAGGGCACCACAGAGCCCGUAUGGAACUAGCCCACCUGACCCAUUGCUUAUCUCCCCUCAGUCUGUUCUCUCACCUAAUGCUGGCAUGAGACAAUCCCAGCAGCCCUCAGUACAGGUCAGUCCACAGUAUAAUCAAGUGCCAAUAUCUUCUGGGUUUGGUGGUCAGCAGGUCAACAUGUCCAAUGCACCAGUGCCUUUCCAAAGUGCUAGUGGGGCACCUUCAUUCAGUAAUAAUUCCAGCAUGGUUCAGUCCACAGCCAGUGGCCUCCAUGAGUUCAGCAGUAAUUCCAGCAUGGCACAGUCCACAGCCAGUGGCCUUCAUGAGUUCAACAUGCAUGUCAUGGACAUAAACUUAGAAAGCAACAAGUCUCUGUCUUCUGAGCUUGGACUGGGUGUGGCUGGAUCCUCUACUUCUCAGUAUGUCAAACAGGAGCUCAGGAACAUUUGCAGUGCCAGGUCGGAGAAACAGCAACAGCAGCAGCAACAACAGCAGCAGCAACAGCAGCAGCUCCAGAACAUUGACUUUGACAGCUCCUCCAGUGAACUGCCACCUGAUAUCCUAGAAACAAUUAAUGACAUGUCAAAGGAGCAUGGAGGCCCACUGGGUAAUCCUCUGAGCAAUCCAAUGGGCAAUCCCAUGGAUGAGCAGGAUGUGGUCAAUCAGUCUAGACGUGAGGCCAAGCAAAGGUACCAGCAGUUUAGGAAACUCUCCAUGCAACAGGCAGCACCACCUGUGAUUGACCCUACUGAUGAAGCUCAGGUCAAGGCCACAAGUUUAUUUAGAAACCAGCUCUUGACCCCUGUUCACAACACUUCACCAAUGCCUUCAUCCGGCAGUAACCAACAAAUGCCCCAGUCCACUGGUGCUGCUAAAACUGAUGGCUCAUCACAGUUGAAUAUAUUACAGUUGGAAUCAAGGACUCCCAUUGAUGACUUGAGACCCAUUGACAACAAAAACAGUCUACUUUGUCAGCUUCUAUCAGAAUAAGAGCUUCUAGAAUUCAUUUCUCACCUAAGAAUUCUUAAAGAAGGGCUCCAAGACCAAUGCUCAAAUCCAGUCUCAUUGACAUCUUCGUCUGUAGGCUCUCUCAGAGAUGCCAACUCUAAAAACAUUCAUAGGUGACUAAAACAGUGCUGAAAGACAUUCUUAUAAUCUUCAGAGUUAAGAAAAAAAUGUGUGAUUGAUGGAUAUUCCUUAAAUUAACCAUGACCUAAUGGGUCGGUGGAAUUAAAAAUGUUUUCCACUUAAUGCAAGGUCAAAUGCAUGAACUUUCUUGCAUAUGGAUACAUGGAUGCUCUACACUCAUAGACAUAAACAAUUAUGAAUGAGUUUGUUUACAUAACCAUUGAACACAUGGACAAAGAAUCGGAAAAACGUAUUACAUUACCAUAAACACAUGGGCCCAUAAAGGACUUUUCUUUCACACUCCCAUGUGACUAUUAAACAUAUCCAGAAAGCUCAGGGAAAUUUCAAUGAAGAAAACAAAUGUAUCAUUAAAAGCCAUAGGGCCAAAAUGAUGGCAUAAUGCAUUCUUCUUAUUUUUUUCUGUUAAAAAUGUUUCCUUUUAUCUGAUGACUUGAAAUGACAGUAAUUAAUAUAAUCUUCUAUAAUACUAACACUGAUUCAUGUGUUUUAACAUAAAGAUAAUUAUUAUUAAUAUAUUAAUGUUCUUUUUUUCCAUCUAUUCAAAGUUGUGACAUAAAUUUGCCUUUUUCAUUUUAAAGUUGGUAAGCAUUUGGGAAUGUGUAAUGUUGACUUUCAAUCUUAUAGUUUUUAUGCUAUCAAGCAGUCUGAUUUUACAGCAGUUAGUGAUAGAUCAUCAUUUUAAAAUAAAAUUAGAGAGAUCCAAUUUUCACUUCUUUCUUUCCUUAUAGACUUCCAAAAUGUCAAUUUGUAUACUAGUCUUCACUAGAAAAAACAAAACAUUUUGUCUCCUAUUUUAUCCCUUUUGCACAUAGUCAAACAUUAAAUUUAGGCAAAUAAAGUAUCUGAUUUUCCAAUCACAAAAAAAAUGGAUUAAAAUUAGAUGGACAAAUAUCAAACUCUGUAGAUCUAGCAAGAUAAGAUAUAUAGACUGUGAUUUAUUUGUAUUUACUCAACAGAUUACAUUACAUAAUACUCUCUACAUAUGUAUGCUGUAUAAACUCUUUAUGUCUUAUACUGAAAAUUUGUUUAUAUACAAUGAUAUGUUUUGUGAAUAAAGUUGGAAAUGUAGUAUUAAUGAAAUUUUGUGUAAAAUAACAAAAUGCUGGCAGAUAAAGAAAAAUAUAUUCAUUCAUUUAAAUGUAUAAAUUGUUAAGACAUUAACAUUUUUUUGUUUACUUUGAUCAGUGUGUGAUUGGAGUUGAUGAAAACGUUGGGUGUCAGAGGUAUAUUUGUAAUGUUGUCUUAAAGAUUCACGGAACACUUUUAUUAUAACUUGGGUGCAGAAUCAUAAAUUGCGCCCAAAUAUAUAUCUAUAUAUAUAGUGUGUAUAAGUAGUGUACAUGUUUUAUUUUAUUAUUAAUGGCUUCCUCUUGUGAGAUGUAUAACCUUAAUUAUUGUGUUUAUGCUGUCAAAUAGUGGAGAUUUAAAUGAUAAAUUUUUGAAGAAUGCUGUGAUAUGUGGUCUUCUAAAACUUUCUGUCUAAAUGAAUUCAAUAAAGUCUAGACAGAAAUGUAUACCUCCCCUUCCCCAAGAUUUCUAGCAACUAUCAUCACAAUUAAAUGUCUUUUAAAAAUCAUUUUCUUUUAGUCCAACAUUGCUAGUUUUUUUUUUUUUUUUUUUUUUAGAGCAAGAGUCACUGAAAAAAAAAAACCUUUGAAAUAGCUCUACUGUAUUAUAGAUGUUAAAGCAUAAUAUAAAAUUUGAAAAUCUGUUUUCUUUUCAGAAUUUCUUUUUUGCUGUACAUGCUGAUUUUAUUUAGAACAUUGAAGUUGUUUGGCUUAUACAUUUCAUGCCUGCUGAUUUGAAUGUAUUUGUAUGAGCUAGUUGAUUUGAAUCUAUCUGUAAGAGUAAAUUGACAUGAUGAGCUUUUGAGGAGAGUUUAUAAUUUAUUUUAUGAUCUUCUUCUCAUAACACUUACAUCGCUGACUUCUUAUGCUCACCAUAAAUGUGCUACAAUAAACUUUCUGCAUCCUAAUGAAACAUGUUCAUCAUUUAGAACUCAAUGUACAUUUGAUUAUUUCAUGUGUGAAAGAUUUGUUGAUAUCCAUUUUUACAAAUGCUUCUUAUGGAAUAUUUGAGAUUUAAGAAACAAACGUAAGAAUUCUAUUGAAUAUAUAAGAAAAGAUUUGUUCAGAGAUACACACUAAAUGUGAAAUAUAAUUUAGACAAAAGAGAUUAAUAUUAAUAGUGUAGAGUUUUAGAAAUAUAAAAUAAUCACAAAAGUAAAUGGAAAAAAACAAUGCCUCAGUUGUAAACAAAGUUAUGUUCACAAACAUGAUACAAUGUAGAUGGAAGGUUUCUAUAUCAUAUAAAAGUUAUCAAACAUUGUAUUCAAACAAUAACUAUUGACCAUUUCAAAAAUAAUUAAAAUUAAUGAUAUUCAAACAAGCAACACCAGUCUUAAAACUAAAAUACUGUCAUUUUAAAUGUUUCAAUUCUCUAUGGUGUAAUGUAGAUACAAUCAUAUCUCUUUUUUUUUUAAACAAUAUGAAGACUAAGCAAAGUUAAACUUUAUAGAUGCAACAAUGAAUGCUUAGAUAAAAUCUAGACUUUCUCCAUAUCAAUAGAUCAUUGUAUACUUUAAACAAAUCGAGUUCAAUACAAAAUGGAGAUAGCAUGAUUUUGUUGAACUAUUAUCACCUUCUGCAAAAUCUAUCUUUUCUUUUAUGACAGCUGCUAUGUACAUGUUCCUUUAAUUAACAAUUUGUGAUAUGCUUAAAAACAGUAUUUUAUUACAAGAAAUUCUUCAUAUUUAAUAACUAGGGCAACUUGUUAUUUUUAAAAAGUCAUUUCUUUAGUGAUCAACUUUUUUUUUUCAAUCUUAUUCUGUACAGUAACAAAAACACAAUUCUUAAAAAGGCCACUGAAAUAAAAAAUUUGGUUGGAAAAUUGAAAAAUUCUAAAUGCCAUUUUUUUUGCUUGAAAUAUAUUUCUACAAAAUUUUGAAAUGAUCCGUUGAAUUAGAUUUUUGAAGUAAAACUGAAUGCAAGCUUAUACGACUUGAGAAAAACCAUGAUUAAAUCAAAACAAAAAUUUUUUUUAGAAUAUUAAAAAAAAAUAAAAAAUGUUUACAUUGCAAAAUGAAAAAAAAGUUUAGAAGGGAAGGGAAAUAUAGAUCUACAUUGUUGAUAUAAGUACAUAUUCAAUAGGCAUAAAAAAAUUCAUAUUUUCUCUAUUAAUACUCGAAAAUGUCAUUUUACCUUUUUCUUUCUCAAAUAGACAUUUAUAUAUUCUUUUAUUAUUGACAUUUGUAGAGAUUAAUUUAUAAAUAAAAUAAAAUACAAAUAAAAUCUUGGUCACACCCUGACAUACAAUUUGUCUAACUUUUGUAUAAUUUAAACUGUUUUUAUGGACUAGAAACAUAUUGAAACAGUCAUUUAUAAAUCAUCCGUUAAAGAAUUUAAAUAAAAAUCUUUAUUUUUUUUAAUCAGGAUUAACUUCUCUGGGAUGAUUGUCUUGUGCCUUGUCUGUCUUGAAUCUUGAUGUUACAAUUUUCUUAUGAGAACAAGUUUUUUUUCUUUAUGUGUAAAAAUAUUCAGUAAAAUGAGAUUCAUUUCAAAUAGUUAAAGAGUUUGAAUCUUAGGAAAUCUACUGUACAUACUUAAUUUUUUAAUAGGAAAAAAAAAAUGAUUUAAAUAUCAAAUGAAAUUGGCAUUGGUAUUUAGCAAUCAUAUUAAAUUUAUAACAGAAAAAAUAAUAGUUUUAUUUAAGCAUUGCAUAAUAAAUCAUCAUUAUCAUAAUCUUAUUUACUAUAAAGAAGUUUUAUUUUCUUGCAAAGUUUUUACAUCUUUGGUAGUGAGUUCUCAUUUUUCCAGCCACAAUCCAGUAUUGUUUAAAAAUGUUAAGUCUGAUUUGUAUCGCUGACUGUAAAUAAGAAUCCUAUUUGAAAAUAAAAUAUUGAAUUAGUUAGUAAAUAACUUUACAAUGUUAUAAACUUGCUUUUUUUUUGUUGUUGUUUCUAUAUGCCUUUAACAAAUAAGAAAAAUCCUCUACUUCUUUCAAGGAUAGAAACACUUUUUUUAUUCAUAAAGUUACUAAAAAUGUUUCUGAGUAAUCUCCCUUUUUAAAAUUCCAUUAAUCUUCUUACUUGAAAUAAUUUUGUCCUAAUAAAAAUUGAAACCUGGGGUUGUCAUUAAAGAGUCACACUUUCACUAUUUGAUUAUCAAAGCAUUUGAUUGACAAUUCAUUCAUAAUGUCUCACUAACUUGAUGAAAAUGUCUAACAUUUGAAAUGAAUGUUUUGUUAUUCUUUUCCUAUCAGUAUUCAAGGCAGAAGUAGUAAGUCACAAAGUUAGCAAGUACUAGUGUGUUAAUAGUAAAAAAGGCAAACAAACAAUAUAUAGAUACCACAAGAAUUGAGUCACAAGUACCAAAUCUCAGCUUUCCUUUCUUUUCACUCUCAUCUUUAGCCUGGAUUAAUUUACUUCAUUAACUUUUACUGUCUUUGUACAUCAGGUAUAUGUACGAAUUUAUCAUGAUUUUUACUUAUUCAUUCUAAAAAAACAAGAUCACCUAAAACUGGGGAAAAAAUGUUUUACAUGCAUUUGCAAAGAGAUUUAUAAUUGUAACAGUUUGAUACAAGAGGGAGGAAUUUGCGACACUGUGGUGUAGAUAGGUGAUUCCUGUAAAUAUGAUUUGACGUUAAGGAUUGUGAGAAUGUGAACAAGAGUGAAAGAGGUUUGUGAACAAAUAGACACAGAUUGAUGAAUGUAAAUCUUCAAUGGAAUGUCAAAGUGUACAAAGACAUACUUUGUUGGUGUAUGAUUUUAUGAUGGUAACAUUUUGCUUAAUGUUUUAAGUUUUUGUAUUGGAAAACUUUUGGUUCAUAUUAGCAUAUGUAGUCAUUUUGUUUUUAUUUAGAAUUGGGCUGUAUACUAUGUCAUUAUCACAGAAUACAUUGUGUGUGUGUGUGUGCUGUCAAAAUACUAACCCAUGACAAAUGUUAUAAUUGUGAUUCCAGUUCUUUUGGCGAUAAAUAAAUGUGUUGUAGAUGAUACUUAAAAUAAAUGUGUUGUAGAUAAUACUUAAAAUAAAUGUGUUGUAGAUAAUACAGUACCUAUUCGGAUACUUUUGUCUUUUUUUUUAAAGUAUAGAUCUAUGUUAAUUUAUAUAUUUUGAUUGAUUGAGUCAGGUCUGCCUUUACUAAUACAUAAGCUUUUUUUUUUCAUCUUGAUGGUCUGAACUUUGCUGGAGAAUAAAUAAGGCAGUACUGUUUCCUGCUAAUCAUCUGUAUGGUUGCUCCCCCUCCCUUGCUAAAUUAUAAGUCAUGUUGACUCUGGGGCUCUUUCUAUUAGAUCUAUAGAACCACCUAUUGUUUGAUCAUGGUUUGAACUUUUAGGUUAAAUGUGUGAACUCUGACCUAACUAAUGGAAGUAAAACGGCUAAUGUAAUAUAUUUGGCUCUGUGCGUGAUUCUCUUUUGGUUAUAACGUCUGCUCUGUGAAUAUUGUAGCAUCACAAUGAAAAAUUCCACAUGACUGUUAUUACUUAUUUUUGUCCAUAAUAUUCUGUCUUCAAUGUGUACAGCAGUCGUGACAUUGUUUUUAAUUCAUCAACAUACAUUUUCA